AUGAAGUUUUCGUCUCUCUUAUUCACCACAUUAGUCGCCCUUGCCUCUGGCCAUUACGUUGAUGAGAAACCUGAAAGCCGUCAUGAAGUGCAUUCUAACUAUCAUGAUGUGAGAUCUCAUCACACGUCCGAGGAUCCUGCUGAAAGCCGUUACAACGAGGGGCCUUCUGAGUACGAGGUGAGAUCGUCUCAUCACAAGUCUGAUGUGCAUGAACGCACCCAUCAAGACAGUACCAACAGCAACAACCUUCGUGGAGGGCCCUCUGCUGGAAAUGGCUAUGCUCAUGGUCGAUCUGGUUACUACCACGGCACCGAUUCCAACGAACCUCGAGCUGGCGAGGGCCGAAGUGUGCAACACGACGUUCUCAUAAUAGGUGCUGGAGCUGCUGGUCUCAGUGCCGCCCACGAGCUCGAAAAACAGGGCUGGACUAAUUACAAGAUCCUAGAGGCGCGAUCUUCCAGAUGGGGGCUGUACUAG